UGACGAAUGAUAGAAGCUUUUAGCUUUUAACUGAAAAUGUUGUCUUACGCAGAAGAAAAAAUAAAUGUCAUAAAUGUUUUACGAGCAGUACUUCUUCUUUUCGUAGUGUAUGCUGUAAUACGCUAUUACUGGAUUAGAAAUCAAUUCUUGAAGUUGGUGAGAAAUUUACCAACUUAUAAGCUGAGGUUUUAUCAUGUCUUAGGUCAUUAUCACUUCAUGCUCCCUUAUAGGAUCUUCAGGGGCCAAGUGUCUCCGGAUGUAUAUGAUUUUUUCAUGUUCCUCUCCAUGCAUGUCGCUUUUGCCAAGGAGCCAAUGCUAUUUGCUUGGCAGUUUUGUUAUCCGGCUAUCUCCGUUUACAGAGCUGAUUCUGUGGAGCUGAUUUUGAAUCAUAGCAAAGAACUGAAGAAAGCAUGGUUCUACUCAUUCCUGUUUCCCUGGCUUGGAACGGGACUUUUAACGAGUAACGACGAUAAAUGGAAACGAAGACGAAAAAUGUUGACUCCAGCUUUUCAUUUCAACAUUUUGAAAGAUUUCCUGCCAGUGUUCAAUAAGCAGUCGAAAAUUCUUGUUGAAGUAUUCAAGCAAAAUGAGCAGAAGGAGUAUUUGGACCUAGUUCCAUUUAUCACUAAAUGCAGCUUUGAUAUCAUUUGUGAAUCUAUACUUGGAGAAGAAGUUCACUCUCAAACAAAAGAAUCUAGUCCUUAUUUGAAAUCUGUCGGAGAGCUAACACGACUGACUUUCAUAAGAAACCAGUUUCCUUGGUUAUGGCCAGAUUUCUUGUUUAAAAUGAGCCCUGAGGGAAGACGAUUUGCAAAGAACAACAAAGUUGUGCAAGAGUUCACUGAAAAGAUAAUAAGACAGAAAAAAGCAGAAAAACUAAAAUUCAGAAACUACAAUGAAAAUAAGAGCGCGAUUAAUAGGCCUGACGAGAAUACCUUCUUUUGUAACAAAAGAGCACUUUUGGAUCUUCUGCUUGAAGAACACAUAAACGAUCCUAACUCCAUUUCUGUGGAGGAAAUCAAAGAAGAAGUGAAUACUUUUACUUUCGAGGGUCACGAUACCACAGCAAUGGCCAUGAGUUGGUCUUUGUAUUUAAUCGGUUUGCACCCAGAAGUUCAAGAAAAAGUGCAUGCUGAAUUAGACGACAUUUUUGGUGACGAUGAGAGGGAUGUGACUGUUGAUGAUUUGAAGAGCAUGAAGUACUUGGAGUGCGUUUUAAAAGAAACUCUCAGAUUAUAUCCUUCAGUCCCGUUUUUUGCCCGUGAACUACAGGAGGAUUUGAAAUUUGAUGACAAAACUUUACCAAAGGGUUCAACUUGCAUUGUCUUUGCUUAUAUGCUGCACAGAAACCCAGUGCAUUUCCCAAAUCCAGAACUUUUCGAUCCAGAAAGGUUCCGGCCAGAAAACAGUGCCGGAAGACAUCCUUUUGCUUACGUUCCGUUUUCAGCCGGAGCACGAAACUGUAUUGGUCAGCGUUUUGCCUUGAUGGAAGAGAAAACCGUGCUAUCAACAAUUUUAAGGAAAUACAAAGUCACCUCUCUGGAUCCAAGAGACAAGGUUCAUGUCGUCGACUUCAUGGUGCUUCGCCCGGAGAAAAAAUUACGAAUUAAGAUAACACCGAGAAACAGUGAGGUUGAGGAGUUUAUUCUCAGAUUUUGUUUAAUUGUUGCGAUUGGAAAUAUUGUCGUAAAAGUGUUUUAUAAAAGGAGGCAAUUUGUUUCUUUGGUUAACAAAAUACCAGCUCUUAAGCUGAGAACUUAUCAUUUCUUGGGACAUGUUCAUGCAGCUUUAUACGUCAGACUUUAUAAGAGAAUAUUUCCACCUCAUGUAUAUGAUUUCUUGGGAUUAACUGGAUACAUGUAUUUAUUCAAAAAUGAGAGUCUUGCAAAUCUGUGGCAGUUCUACCGACCGUUUGUAGUUGUCUACAAAGCAGAUUCUGUUGAAACAAUUUUAAAUCAUAGCACAGAACUUGAAAAGGCUUGGUUCUAUAAACUCCUUCAUCCAUGGCUGAGGACAGGAUUAUUAACAAGCAAUAACUUGAAGUGGAGAAAUAGAAGGAAACUGCUGACUCCUGCAUUUCAUUUCAACAUCUUACGAGAUUUUCUUUUGGUUUUCAAUAAACAGUCACGAAUUCUAGUCGAUAUCCUACACAAGCAUACAAAAGAUGACUGCAUUGAUAUUGUGCCCUUUAUUGCGAGGUGUAGCUUCGAUAUUAUAUGUGAAUCCAUCCAUGGUGCAGAAAUUCACUCGCAGAUGGAUCCUUCCAAUCCAUACGUGAACGCAGUAAAUGCGUUGACUAGCACAUUCUUCGAAAGAAUGCAAAACCCACCCCUUUGGCCCGAGUUUAUCUUUAAACUGAGUCCCCUUGGGAGAAGAUUCUACAGAAAUUUGAAAAUUGCUCAUGAUUUCACUGACAAACUCAUAGCCGAGAAGAAGAAAAUCAAACUUGAACAAAAAGAUGCGAGUCAAAGAACAGACUCCAAAGAUACCGAUUGCUACAAGCGAAGCAAAAGAGCCUUACUUGAUCUUCUUCUGGAAGAACACAUAAAUCAAAACUCGAUAUCGGAAACAGAAAUCAGGGAAGAAGUGGACACUUUUACUUUUGAGGGACAUGAUACUACGGCAAUAUCUAUGAGUUGGACUUUAUAUCUGAUUGGUCUACAUCCAAGCAUUCAAUCCAAAGUGCGUGAGGAAUUGGAUUGUAUAUUUCAGGACAGUGACCGUGAUGCGACAGCAGACGAUCUAAAAGACAUGAAGUAUUUGGAAUCUGUGAUUAAAGAAUCGUUAAGACUGUAUCCAUCUGUUCCAGUAUUUGGUCGGAAUUUAAACGAGGACAUACAAAUUCAAGGCCGCAUCGUUCCAAGAGGGUCAACGUGCGUUGUGUUUCCUUACAUUCUACAUCGCGAUCCAGAGGUGUUUCCGAACCCCGAGAAGUUUGAUCCCGAAAGGUUUUUCCCAGAGAAUUGUAUUGGGCGGCAUCCAUUUGCAUACGUACCGUUUUCCGCAGGUCCAAGGAACUGCAUUGGGCAAAGAUUUGCAAUGAUGGAAGAAAAAACGGUGAUUUCUUCGAUUUUGAGGAAAUAUAAAAUCAGAUCAUUAGAUCCAAGAGAUAAAGUACAGAUCGUUGAUGAAGUUGUCCUACGUCCUCUUGAAGGAAUCAGAAUUGAAAUAAAUCCUCGAAAAAAAAUGUGAAUAGUUUUGUAC